AUGUAUCGAUGCGUUCGCAGCUAUAGACACAAGAGCGCGGCAAUAGUGGGUGUCGUUAGGGAAUUGGCAGUGGCAGGGACUUCUGAGCUACAUUGCCCGGCUCAACUAACUGUGCGGGUACACAAGGCCGUAUUGAGGGAUUCGGUGUCGGCAAAUGGCCUGUCAACGGGAGAUGGGGAAGACGACGGCUCCUCGGAGGGAACGGGCAGCAGUGACUGCUCCGAGUUCUUCCACAACAAAUGCAUGAACAUGCCAUCAUGUUCGAUUUCGGUGUCGGAGUGUCAAGCUGCUUCCGGCUCGAAGUCGGGAGCGCAUAAGGUGGCGCUGAGCUACUCGUGCGAGCCUGCCACGACCGAUGGAUCGCAUGACUUCAUAUGCUGCAGGGUACCGGGCGGGAGCAGUGAAGGUGGCUCUUCCCACGCAAAUAUUGGCUCUGGCCAGUUUCAACGGGUGCUUCGUCGCUGCCUGGAGUCAGAGCACUGCAAAUACGUAACCUGCGAGGAUGCGGCGCUCCACGACGAUGAAUACACGGGCGGCCGUCCAGCGGGGCGUUGCGCCCUGCUGAAACCGGAGUCUUUCAGCCUCCCCGGGUUUGCCGUGUACCCUAACUACGCAGGUCUGUGUAGCAGGCCCUCCUACGUGAAGACACGUGACUUCUACGAGGUUGCCAAGACGGCGCGGUCACACAUCCACAGCUCUUUCACAAUCGCAUACAAGCCCACGUCGCAGUUUGGCAUCGACUCCCGCUACUCCGGUUGGGUCUGCCGCGGCAUACCCACCAUCGUGCCGAUGGCGGGGCACGUGGUCGCUGUGCCAGCGGCUCGCGGGCGUGGCCACCCCAGGUCGCCGGCGGAACCCGGCAGAUCGAUGGUUGUAUAA